GGGACUGGGACCCAAAAUCACUCCCAGUCAAACAUGGCAUCUGAAGGGAAGAAGUUACAGGAACAAAGCGAGGAAAAACUCGAAAAAAAGAAGCAUCGCGGAAUACCAGAGGCUCUUUUUCUGGUAAUAUUUUACUACUAAAGCAGUGUAUCCCUAAAUUUUUGAGAGGAUGUGAUUGGAGUAUUUUCCCCUCGGGAAAGUUUUUUUGCAUGAGUAAUAGUUAACAAGCUUACUGGAAAUGAUUUUCAGUACAAAAAUAACUGUUACCUUAAGUACUAACUAUGAUCUUACUGAGUCCGACGGGCCAUUCAAAUUCGUUUUCCCGUCACAUACAGGAGGAUGUUGAUGAAUUUAUGAAAAAGAGCGGACAUGACACCGCCGAGUCCGUGCUCAAAGAUUUGGAUGAGCAGCAUCAGAAGUAUAAAUUUAUGGAACUGAAUUUGCUGGCAAGAAAGAAAAGGUAAGCCAGUUGCUCGAUCAGUCCCUACUCACAAUUAAAAACAACAAUAACGAUUAUUUUUUACCCCUGGCAGUAUUUUUAAGUGUGUGGUCGGGCGAAUAACUGAAACAGAAAUUAAUCGAAAUAUCCAUAACAAGGCUGUGCUCUAAGGAACAUUGAAGAGCGCCCAGUUCUCUGAACCUGUUUAAGCUAGGGUGCCCAGCAUAUGAUUUUGUGAAAGAAGGAAGAUUUUCCAAGUCUCCCAAGAGCAAAAGUUAGGAUCCAGGGGCCAAAGGGCUCUGUUUAACCCUUAAAGCCCCAGUGGUGACCAACAUCAAUUUUCUCCUAACGAUAUCCAUACCUUGUCAAGAGAUAAGGUUAUGAGAAUUAAUGAAAUGAUCACUAAAGAGAAACUGCUUUGAUCUUUUAUCAAAUUCUCUCAACUACCUCUUUAAGGAAAUGUAUGGAGAUCAGUUUGGAGAAUUGCUUUAUGGAUAUUGGGGCUUAAAGGGUUAAUAGAGCACAGCCGUGCAUAACAUUAACAAACUUAUAAAAGAGUUCCAACUGACAGUCCUUGUAAGGUGGCUCACUGUAACAGUUUGUAGCUUUAUAACAGGUGUAAAAGGAAUUUCCUCUAAGUUUCAUAGCUUUGGUAUACAGCUGCCUCGUACACAAGCGUGUUCUGGCUGAUUCGAGAAUGACUGGGAUCUUGGUUCUACGCUAGGUAUCAUGGUAAAGGUGAAGAGAAAGUUUUUGUUGUUCAUCCUUCCCAGCAUCAUUUGCAUCCAUGCUAAAUUGUCUUAGCUAACCCGCGUCUUAUUUUAGACGAAAUGUGCCGUUUAUACGGAAAGUUCGCGUCUUAUUUAAGACACGUCCUAUGUAAGACACGUCUUAUUUUUCCUUGUUAAAUGGCCCUAUUGUUAAUAUAAGUGAGGAAUAAAACGGCUCCCAACACAGUUCCCUCUGGGUCCGAACACCAGACAAAAUAGAGGCCCAAGAUGAAUGAUAUCCCCGCAAAACAACUGGCUGGUGUUGGUUUGAUUGGGUAUCAAUGAUUGGGCCCCUGAGAGAAACAAAGGCUUAACAACUGAUGUCAUCUUAAUUUGGGGGUCUUUUAGAAGCUUUUGACUUGGUGCCACAUGAACAAUAUUUGAACAAAGGUAGUGAUUGAGACAGGUAAGAUUUCUCUUUCAGGAAGCCAAAUUGCUCUGGAAUAAAGAUCUCAUUAGUUAUCCAAAACUGAACAAAAUGCUGUCUCACAAUCAUUUCACACACUUUGCACACCACCAAUAUUAACGAAACAGGGCGGUAGUUUUGGCGAACGUAUUAGCACCUUUCUUAUGUAAAGGAGUAAUAUCAGCCAAUAACCAGUUGUGUGGUAGCAUGCCUGAUGCAAAGGACCCCUUUGCACUGAGCGGUGGAGCCAAAUUUUGAGUUAAAUUCUUUAAUUACAACUAGAUUUUAUUUUUCUGUAUAUAUUUCAAAUUCUUGUAUUUCCCUAGGGUAGGCACCCUGCAGGGGUCUAAGUGUCCCUUUCAUGCCCUUCAUUUUUGGGCUUUAAUUCUUUCAUGUUUGUAUAUUUCAUUCUGUUUUAAUUUUUCCCAAUAAAGCUUGAAAUAGUAAUGAUGAUAAUAGUAAUGAAUACUAUCCGGACCAGGUGAUAUAUGAGGUUUCAACUCACUCAGGAUCUCGUAAACAUCCUUAGGUGAACAGUGCAGAAGACUAAGAUCUGUGUAAUAUGUGUUAUAAAAAGGUCGUGGUAUUAAGGUCAAAAAACACCUUUGUUCAGAACAAAAUUCUAAAGAAAUGAAAAAUGAAUUUGGUAUGGUCAAAUUCUAGACAUCUCCAACCUUCACAAAGCUGUCAUUCGUGGAUGUAAUCCACGGAAACACUCAAACAUCUCUCAUCUGUAGCCCCUAAACUGUAUGUUCUCUGCAUGACUUAUUUGAUGCCAAAAUAGUCUGGCAUAGAUGUCUAUAAAUCAUUUAUCUGGCGUAAGGUAGUGCUGGAAUUAUUGACAUCUUGUCAACUGAAGGUUUUUUUUUAUCUUCAGAAAGGAAAGGUCUCUUGCAGCACACAGUUUAUAAAUAUGAAGUGUCCACAUUAGUGAGGUUCACUUUCUAUGAAAAUCUUCUGUUGAUUAGGACAGUGAAAAGUGUCUGUUGUCCACUUUAACAGAUGUCUGUAUUAAGUGGGUUGAAUUUAGAGAAAAUGUAUGGGCUAUUCCCAGGGACAAAUAAAAUUGUCCGUAAUUACGAGGUGUCCAUGUUAUGCAGGUGUCUGAAAGUGGGGUUUGACUGUAUGUCCAAGUGGAGUGAAGCAAAAGAGAAAAUUAGCCAGCAAAGCGAGCCUAGGGUCACCUGGGGAAGAAAACAAGAUAGGGGAGCCUGUAGACUUUGUUUUGACACCGCCCGUCCAUGAUAGCCAGGCAUUUCAGUAAGGUUUUGAACACGUGCUUGCAACACUGAGACAUUCCAGAUGGUCUUUUAUAAGGCCCACUUCUUUUCGCAAAUAUGUGUUAAGGAACGAUCCUUGUUUUAACACAUAACAAACCAGGGGAUUUCAUACCGUGUGUGAUAAAGUGGAAAUUUGAUGGUGAAGUAUAAUUUCAGUAUUUUCAGUAUUUUAAAAGAAAAUUUGAAAAAAAGGACUGAUCAGGAAAAGGGCAUGAUUGUAACUUAAAACUGUUUGUUUCUUGUAUUAAAAAAAGUUCUUUGAGAUGUUAAGCAGCCGGGCAAAGUCACAUAAUAUCACAGCCAGUCAAUUUGCGUGGUGCCAUGUAUUCCUUAAUGAAACCCCAUGGAUACCAGAUUCUGGUAUCAUGAUCAUGAUCUGAUUUGUGAGAUUGCUGACUGUUGACAAGUGAGCGAUGAAUAUUGAAUGAAUAUAUCAGGGGCACCCGACGGCAAUUUUCGGGAAAUUAUCUGUUCGGAAGACAAUUUGAGAACUAGAAUUUUUGGAACAUUUGUUGUAAAAUUUCUUGCUUGCCUGCCUCUCCUAGGAUUUUCGAACAUCUACAAAAUGGUAUAAUUACCCAUCACCCUAAAAAAGGCCACCUAGAGUUUUCGGGAGCCUUUUCCUGGCUGAAAUUUUCGAAAAGGUAAGUUUUGAUCCCUAUAAUUUUCGGAUCACUAGACUUUCAGCUAGGAAAUCCGAACAGAUGAAAAGUUUUUAGGGGAUAAAAAUAUGCCUAUAUCUACCGUUAAAAUACUAAAAUACGUUCAACAAUGCUAUGUGUUAAGUGGUUUUGAACUAUAUCCUUGUUGGGUGCCCCUGAUAUAUUCCACAUGCAUACAAAUGUUAUUGAAGCUAAUACAUUUAAGCUUAAAAGUAGCAUUAUAAUUCGACAGGUCUUGUUGCCUUAUUGACAUGUUAUUGACAUAUGUGUUACAGGAUAAUUGCAAGUGGGUAGAUGGUCAUGGAUGGCAUCAAAACAUAGUAUACAGGCUCCAAGCGGUUUUUCUCCUCCAGGAAAAUGAAUGCUUGGCGAGCAAAGCAAGCCGAUUUUCUUUUUCAGCCUGCUUUACUUGGGAGUCUGUUCGCAGGCUACUGUAUUGGAAUUUUCAGUAUUUUUGAAAGGUCUUUAGGUCACCAUUUACUAUGCCCCUAAGAAAAGGAGAAGGGGUGGAAAAUAGUUUUCAAUGGUUCCAAUGAACCAGGCUGAUUUUCCCAGCUUUCAAACCAAGUAGCAGAAAGGCCAAAAGACCCAUGCUUCUCCUCGUAUAUCUGAAUUAAAAAAUCCAUCCAAACAACUGAGAGGCCAUAAAACAAAAUCAAAAUCCAAGGCUUUAAAACAGUGUAAUUAUUUGGGCGUAAUUGAGUCAGUUUUCUUUGAUUCAAAGUUGCAAUAGGCACGCAAUACGCGCAAACGUAAACAAGCCAAGUAAACAAGCCAAGUGACACAAAUGUCUGCCACACGCUGUGUCACAACACAACAUUUAUCUCCUUUACAUACGACCCACAGAUAACGCACCGCAAACAAAUCGGCAAAUCACUUUUACCUCUCAAAAUAUUUUUUGUUACUAAUUCAUAGUAAACUCUACGAGAAACAAUUUUCACUGAUUAACAAACUACAGCCAUUAUCUUACUGAUUCCCAUCCAGUAUACCUCCAUGCCUUUCACUUCACGUAUCUCAACCAACCCCUAAAAUAUACAACGCUACUGAACAACUCACACAUCCCUAACACAUAAAAAAAACUUCACACACACCUAGUACAUCAACGCCCAAAUAUAUGCUCCCAAAGUGUCUUGUUGUAUAGUAGUUGUGUGCUUGCCAGUGUAACUUUGUAUGCUUGACUUCUUGACUGUAACUUUGUUGGAAAUAUUUAACAUAUCUUGCAGGCUACAAAUUCAAGUUCCAGAUUUAAAUUCUAGUUUGGAGAUGGUCAAAUUAUUAUCUUCAAAAAAGGUACCGUUAAAGAAACACAUGUAAUGUGAUUGUAAAUGGAAGAGACCAUGGUGUUCACAGUCAGUUAUCACUUUCUUGACUAAAAUAUUUGGUGUUAUUUUGCUUCCUUUAAUGCAGGGAAGUUCCAAGCCACUACAGAGCAGAUUUUUGUUGUCUGAUCAAGUCUAUUGCACUGCUGAUGUGCCACCCACUGAAAAAGUGAUGCUUUGGCUAGGGGUAAGAAUUAAUCAUUAUAACUAAAAUGUAAUUUCAGGAUUUAAAGCUGUAGACAUCAAACAGCAGGCCUGAACUUCAAUUUUAUCACUCAAACCAGAGUCAACAGGAAGUGAUGACAAUGAUGAUGACGACAGUAGAAAAAAUGUCCAGGGAUGUAGCUGAGGAAAAACUAAGCAGACUUUUAUACUCAACUGCACUGUCAAAAUUACUCCAUGUCUUGGUUUUCCAGAGCAAUUUGAGCUAGUGUAAGCUCUUUUUCAGCCAUGAAAUUAGCUGGCAGCCGGCUCUAAGCCACAUUCCUGAAUGUCUCGUAAAAAGUGAAUUCAUUGUUUUUCAAAAUUCAUCCCUCUUAUUCCAGGUUUUUGUCAAAUAUUAGUGAAUUUUUUUCUGUAGUCGAAUUCUAAAGGACUCUAAGUUUUUAAAACAAAGUUGGUGAUGUCAACAAUCACAUUUGCUGAACACCAUUUAAACAUCAAAUAGACUGGGACUCUGUGGCCUGCAUUAUGUAUUCUACAGACUACUAUCAAUGUUUCACUUUAGAAAGAUAGUUUACUAUAACUUAUAACAAACACCACUGAAUCACAGUCAACAAUACAAGCACCACACAAUCGACUCAUUGACGAGGGUCGUGAAGGGGUAAAAUGCGAACUGGGAUUAGCCUUAUUGUGGACUGGGAAAAUGGGAUUUACUCACUGGGACUGGGAUUUAGCCACUGGGAAUGGGAUGAACAAUUAUAUGGGAUUUCUUUUCUUCAGCGGUCUUUGCUCCAAUAUUUUGAAAUAGAAAAAUAAAAUUUCGUAGCAAUAGACCUUGCACUCCUCAGUAGAGACCGUGAAAUCAGUAUUUUUCGCCUUUGCGCCCGCGGUUUAGCUACCAGGCUUACACGGUUGCAUAGUUACGUUCUGUCAGUUUUCCUGGUCAGCGGACAAGUUCUGCAAGUUUGCAUAUGGCUGGAAGAGAAAGAGUGUUCACCAGCAGAAUGAGAGAUUUUCUUCAGUCCAGGUGAAGGUACGUGUAUCCAAAUAGCGUCAAUCAGUGCUUUUAAUUUAUUACGCGCAUGAUUUUUGCAAAUAAUCAUUAGUAAUGGGAUUUUAGAUUUGGUAACUGGGAUUUUGGCAAAAAUUAGCCUGGGAACUGGGAUUUGGGCCAAAUUUAGGCUGGGAACUGGGAUUUGGUACCCCCCUUCACGACCCUCAUUGACGGACUCAAGCAAAAUGACAGAAUGACUGGAUAACCAACAAUUUCACUUACAAUAUAUGAUCGACUGUUCAAGUGUGACAAAAGACAGAUUGAAUGCAAAAUUGACAGUUAAAGUCUUCACAGCCAAUAAGAUCAUGGCUUAUCUGAUAAACGACUAAUACCAUUGUGACUUGAUGACCAAUCAGGUCAUUAACCAGAGUUAUACCAUCAUUGACAUGAUAGAACUGAUCAUCAUCAUCAUCAUCAUCAUCAUCAUCAUCAUCAUCAUCAUUUAUUAGCCCCGAUAAUUAUUAAAAUGAAUUUUACGGAAUACAGUAAUUGUUAGGCAAGGAAACCUCAGGAAACCACCAGACUAAUAGGAGAGGUCCCACCUCAACAUCACAAUUAUUAUGAUAACAAAUAAGGGCUGCGAAGGAGUGUGGCUAGACAAAUUCAGUAACUGUUUGAAACAAAACUCUAGCACUUUGUUCUUAAAGACAGGAAAGCCUUUUGACAGGUUGUUGAAAUGUCAGUCACUUUCAGCAACAGUCCUAUUCAGGACUAAGCUCACUUGGACGAUCAUGCUCCACCUACUUAAUAUGAAAUGACGCAUGGGUUCAAAGCUUUCACAGUAAACGAUGAAGACAGCAUAGACAACAUUAGUCAGUGCAAUUUGUUUUGGAUAUAUAACCAUACUAUUAUGUUGCCAUUCUUACAGGCAAAUGUGAUGUUAGAAUACAGUAUUGAAGAAGCAGAAGCUUUGUUAUCUAAAAACCUUAAUACUGCGCAGAAAAGCUUAACAGAAAUAGAAGAGGACUUGGGAUUUCUUAGAGAUCAGUAUACAACAACUGAAGUCAGUAUCCUUUGAUAAACAGAACUAUAUGUAUGUGUAAUCCAUUAUGGUGACGAGUGAAAUUAAGGAAUAAUUUCAUGUGCGUUUUGUCCAGGAUUUUGACAAAACACAAGUGAAAUUAUGUCCUAAUUUCACAAGUAUACCAUUUGAUUACCUAUUAAUAUCAUGGGUAAGGAAUUAUGUUGGCAAUCGUGGAUUUUUGACAUGUUUGUCCUGGAUCAUAUCGAUCGAGAAUUCCACUCUCUCAAAAGUUUAGAGCUUAAAUUUGGCUUAAGUUCAGAAUUUUUAGAAUUUUUCGAAAGAAUACCUUUUAGAAUCCUAUCUUAAUGUGCUCUUUCGUGUGUUCAGGUUUUCUAAAGCAUUAUUUUAUGCCCUGACAUCUUCAUUCACAACAUUUUAAAAAUUCUCGCCAUCUUGGCACUGAGACGUAUGGAAGGUUGCCUUGGCAAUUUAACACUGAAAUUUCACGCCAAAUUUAAGGAGUAAUUUGUCACCUAUGAUAUUAUUCUAAUAAUAGCAAUAGCACAUUGAAAAGUAAAAUACAGUGGAACCAGGUUAAUACAGACACUAAGGGGACAUACCAUAGUGUCCCUAUCAUCUGGUUGCCCACAUCAAGUGUGGUCUCAGAAAAAAACACCAGGGACACAUUUUGUAUCGAUAUAAAGAUAAAAAGGAGCAGUGACAUGAAGCAAAAAGUCAAGGAAAUAAAACUUGUGUAAUAGGAGGCAAAACAACACAUGACUGAUCAAAAUAAAAAAGGUCAAGCCAUUUGGCUGUUUCUUUGUAAAAAAAAAAAAUCAUAUUAACCUCAAGAAAUCUGUCAUUAUUUGAACUGCCAAAUUCUCAAAUCAUCCUGAGCAUUUUCUUGGUUGGUGCCCUUGUUUUUUUGUAACCAUGAUAUCUCCUUAACCUUAAUUCAGACAUGGCUAGAGUUUACAACUGGGAAGUCAAGAAAAGACAAGCACAGAAGUCUCGGUCUGAGAAAUAG